GUGAGCUGUGGUGCACCAGACCUCGAGUUUUAAUGGUUUUAUGAAGUUUUUUUUAAAAGAUGGAUGGAUGGAUGAAUGAAGAAGGAUUUUAACCAAAGAAGGGGGAGGGAAAAAUGGAGCUGUUUGGAACAAACUGAAGUUUCCCCCAACAACGCCUGGGCCAUGGGUGAGACAGAACUGCUCAGCACCGCUUCCACCAUUUGGUGUCUACUGGGGUUGUAAAGGCGCUCCCUGAACACCCCCUUCCCGUUCACCUGCUGGGAAAUGGUUGCUGCAGAGAAGAUUUAAUGCAAUUCCUGUCACUCCCCAACCGCCAAGUGGAUACUGAGCCCAUGGAAGGGCCUGGGGGGUCAGGAGAAAGGAGCAAGUAGGAAAACCCACAAUCCGCCAGACCUUCCCCUCCGCCCCCCUCGAAAGAAAGGAUUUACAGCUCAACCUUGCACCAGCUGUUCCUCGGCUUUAACAGACCAAGAGAGAAAUAAAUAAAAUUAAACGGCCACCGCCAGCCAGCCCCAGAUCCCGGUGAAAUCAGGGAGAGUGUUUCAGUGACCCCUCCAGCAAGGGGAGGAGGAGGAGGCACAGCAGCUCUGUGAGGAAGCUGGGAUUGCUUAGAGACCACCCCCUCCUCCCGUGCAGCACCAGGGGCUGCGGCACAGCAGAGGCGGAUUAAAAAGGAGAAGUGGCUUCCCUGAGGCUCCCGGAGUGGCUUUUUUGCAAGGAGUUUGCUGAUCCUGUGCUCUUCUCUGGUGCUGGCUGGGUGGGAAGCGCCCUGCCCGAGCCUGGGGAAUUCCCUCCCUUCAGAGCCUGCCUGUUGGAGUCCUGCGGCUGUCAGCAUUCCCACUCCAACGGUUGUCCUAAACCCAAAUCCCCUUCUGUGUUGUGAAUUUUUAAUGUUUUUAACCCUCCUUCCCUGUGCCCGUGAGCUCUCACGGGGCAGAGCUUAGAGCGGGCUCCUCUCCUGGGCCUCCUGCUCCAGACCCUUCUCCGGACUGUCCGCCCCGGGAGCAGGUGUGGGGGCAGGGUAGGGCUCAGCCCCUGUCCCCCUCCCCUUCUCAUCCUGCUCUGAGUCCCCUGGGGCCUGGGCUAUGCUGCGGGGCGGACCCCCCACCACAGCUCCAACAUGCCAGCAGCCUCUGGAAAGAGAUUCAAACCCAGCAAGUACGUCCCGGUCUCCGCUGCUGCCAUCUUCCUAGUGGGAGCCACCACCCUCUUCUUCGCCUUCACGUGCCCAGGGCUCAGUCUCUAUGUGUCCCCAAUCAUCCCUGCCUACAAUGCCGUCGUCUUCCUCUUUGUGCUGGCCAACUUCAGCAUGGCCACCUUCAUGGACCCAGGCAUAUUCCCCCGAGCUGAGGAGGACGAGGACAAGGAGGACGAUUUCCGGGCCCCGCUGUACAAGACGGUGGAGAUCAAGGGCAUCCAGGUGCGCAUGAAGUGGUGCGCGACCUGCCGCUUCUACCGCCCGCCGCGCUGCUCCCACUGCAGCGUCUGCGACAACUGCGUGGAGGAGUUCGACCACCACUGCCCCUGGGUCAACAACUGCAUCGGGCGGCGCAACUACCGCUACUUCUUCCUCUUCCUGCUGUCGCUCACCACGCACAUCAUGGGCGUCUUCGGCUUCGGGCUGCUCUACGUGCUGUACCAGGUGGAGGAGCUCUCCGGUGUCCGCAUGGCCGUCACGAUGGUGGUGAUGUGCGUGGCUGGGCUCUUCUUCAUUCCCGUCGCUGGCCUGACGGGUUUCCAUGUGGUGCUCGUGGCCAGGGGCCGCACUACCAACGAACAGGUGACGGGCAAGUUCCGCGGGGGCGUCAACCCCUUCACCAACGGUUGCUGUAAGAACGUCAGCCGGGUCCUCUGCAGCUCCCCAGCCCCCAGGUACCUUGGGCGCCCGAAGGCCGAGCAGACGGUGCUGGUGAGACCCCCGUUCCUGCGGCCCGAGGUGUCGGACGGUCAGAUCACUGUCAAGAUCAUGGACAAUGGUAUCCAGACAGAGCUGAAAAGGACGAAGUCCAAGGGGAGCCUGGAGGUGACGGAGAGCCAGUCUGCUGACGCCGAGCCGCCACCCCCACCUAAGCCCGACCUCAGCCGCUACACGGGCCUGAGGACACACUUAACCCUGGCCACCACUGAGGACAGCAGCUUGCUAGGCAAGGACAGUCCCCCAACUCCCACCAUGUACAAGUACCGGCCCGGCUACAGCAGCAGCAGCAGCUCGGCGGCCCUGCCCCACUCCACCAGCGCCAAGCUGAGCCGAGUGAACAGCCUGAAGGAGCCCAACUCCAUCUGUGACAGCGGCCACAAGCCCAGCUACCGCUCGGAGCCAAGCCUGGAACCCGAGAGCUUCCGCUCGCCCACCUUCGGCAAGAGCUUCCACUUUGACCCUCUCUCCAGUGGCUCCCGCUCCUCCAGCCUCAAGUCGGCCCAGGGCACGGGCUUUGAGACAGGCCACCUGCAGUCCAUCCGCUCGGAGGGCACCACCUCCACCUCCUACAAGAGCCUGGUGAACCAGACGCGCAACGGCAGCCUCUCCUACGACAGCCUGCUCACGCCCUCCGGGGGGGGCAUCCAGUCGACGCCGGGCUCCAGCAACGCCCCCCGCACCAGCUCCUCCUCGGACGAUUCGAAGCGCUCGCCCCUGGGCAAGAACCCGCUCACCCGCCCGGCCCUGCCCCGCUUCGGCAAGCCCGAGCCCCCCCCGGCGCUGCGGGUGCGCUCGCUGGGCUCCCCCGACCAGCCCGCCGCCCCCCACCUGGGCAAAUCCGUGUCUUACAGCAGCCAAAAAACAGCCUCUCAGGCCGGCGGCCCCGAGACCGAGGAGGUGGCCUUGCAGCCCUUACUGGCGCCAAAGGAUGAGGUGCAGAUGAGAACAGCCUACAGCAAGUCCAACGGGCAGCCCAAGAGCUUGGGCUCGGCCCCGCCGGGCCCGGGGUCGGUGCCCCUCAGCAGCCCCACCCGCGGAGGUGUCAAGAAGGUCUCGGGCGUGGGGGGCACCACCUACGAGAUCUCGGUAUGAGGGGCAGAGCCGCCGCCCCCUCCC